UAACAAAAUUAAAAAAAAAAAUUUUAAAAACAAUUUAAAAAAAAAAUUAAAAAAAAAUUUUUUUUUUAAAUUUUAAAAAAUACUCCUCACAGCAAUAUGUCAGAAGUCAAGCAAGGAUAAUGAAUAUUAUCAACAAAUGUCAAAUAGGCUUAAAGCGCGUUUUUCUUUUGAACCAGCUUUAUUGGUGUUUUUAGGUAUCACAAUGGACCGUCAUUCUAAGCUCUCCAAGUGAGAUUCGUCUUAUGAACGACCUACUAACCUAAACCUAAGCCCAGACUCACAGUUACGAAAAAGCUUUUUAAGCAGUUUAAGCAUGUGAAUUGAGCUCGUGGAGUCAUCGUGUUGUAGAGUAAUAACGCAAUAAACACGAUUCGGGCUGCUGUCACAAAGAAAGCCAACUAAUUUUGUGUAAAAAAUACGCCUUGAGCUCUAAAAUUUCGCUGUAGAAAAAUUGCAACGUGAAAUUUGCAAAACUUUUCGUGCAAUAGCCAUUAAAGUGAAGUCAGCGCCUUGGGAUAGGCAACAAAUUUCAGCAAUUCCACACAAGCUGCCUGCUAGGCACUCUAUACAACGUCAUUCGCCUUAUUUCGCACGCUGCGUGAGAGAAAGCUUUUAUUUGCGCACGAAUACUGUGGCGCUAAGCACAGAACAUGACGAGAUGGAGCGCAUGGAAAGGUGAGCGCAAAAUUGUGCAGAGCGAGCAUAGCUGCAAAGGUUGUUGUUGUUGUUAAUGUUUUUAAUUUUUGUUUUAAUUACAAACGUCUAACCGUUUAUAUGAGCUGUUGCGAAUUGGCGCUGCUCAGUUGGUGCGUGGCGUUGCGACGAUUUGCUAGUGUCUCAUUGCCUGCGCUGCUUUGCCGAAGACAUGAAUAUUUAAUUGCACGGAAAUUGAAAUGUAUUCAACAUACGAACACACAUGCGGCAAUAAAUUGCGUGCUUCGUGAGUCGUGUCGUUGUGUGGGCAUGAAAAAGAAAAGGAAAAAAUUAUUGGCAUUAAUGUUUAAACAAAGUGUUGAGCCAACAAAAAACUGUGAAAAUUAAAAGUGAAUAACAAAUUUGUGUAAAAAAAAAGAUACAAAUUUCGCAUUAAGCGCAGCAACAUAACGUAGUCAGCGUGAGCAUUAGCUGAGCAGCGAAAAACGUGUUCCGUGCACAAACGUAAGCGGGCUGGUGGCAGGCGGUGGCUGCGGCAGCAUAAGAUCAAUAAAGUUCAGCAGCGGUGUAGGCAGCGCGUCACAAGCGCACGCAGAGCAGCUUGAAGUAGAACGCGAGCGACAAGCAAUCGGAAGUUAUUCAACACUGAAACGGAACUUAAACGGUUACGUUGCAUUGUCGCCACAGAAUGACUGCCGUCACUAUGGAUGUGAACAAACUGCCACACUCGCAAGACGGUAUUGAGGUGCAAAUGGAUAGCUUAGACUCGAGUCAUGCGUUCACGAACUCGCUCGAGGAGCCCAAUCCGCCCAAAUCCAACGUGUUCAAGUCGAAAAUUUUCAUUGUUGCCGUUACCUUUUCGAGCGUACUUUUUACCAUCAUGUGCAUCGGUUUUUUGGUACACUAUGAAAUGGCGAGUGAGGUCUGUGAUGGCGAAGACAUACCUUUUUGGAAUGUGCAGUUGCCGCCGGAGCAACAGGUGUGGUAUGAGAAGGGCAUUGAGGAGUUAAAGAGUGCGCUGAGUCGUGAAAUCAAUCGCCGACGCGCGAAGAAUGUUAUACUCUUCGUGGGCGACGGCAUGGGUCCGAAUACAGUGACAGCGACACGUAUUUAUGGUUUCAAGGAGGAGGGUUUACUUAGUUGGGAGCGCUUUCCGCAUAUGGGUUUGCUAAAGACUUAUUGCGCCGACAAGCAGGUGCCCGAUUCGUUUUCUACCGCCACAGCGCUUUUUGGUGGUGUUAAGGUCAAUUAUGAAACGGGUGGUGUGGACUCGAGUGUUUUGCUUAAAAACUGCAGCGCUUCGCUGGAUGCUACGCAUCAUGUGCAGACAAUACUAAAGUGGGCUCAGCUGGAUGGCAUGAAUACGGGCUUUGUGACGACAACGCGCGUAACGCACGCCACGCCGGCCGCUUUGUACGCGCAUACACCCGAUCGCCGUUGGGAAUGUGAGGCUAAGAUGUCAGCGGAGGCGCAACAAGAGGGUUGUAAGGACAUAGCCAGGCAGUUGGUGGAGGAUGAGACGGGUCGAAAAAUAAACGUAAUCAUGGGUGGCGGACGUCAAAUGUUAGUUUCCGGCGUGACGGACAAUCCAGCGGAUCCGAUCGACACUUGGGGCUGCAUAUCAAAGGAUGGUCGCGAUUUAAUAACCGACUGGAGGAACUACAAACAACAGGCUGGUGAACGCUACGCGGUUGUGCAAAACAAUGGUGAACUUAAUGCAUUGCACGGUGAGUCUGUGGACUAUGUUUUGGGCAUUUUCGCCAAUGGCCACUUGAAGUAUGACCACGAGCGCGAUCGCAGCGACGCGGGUAUGCCAUCGUUGCGCAAUAUGACUGUGAAAGCGCUGGAAGUGUUGAAGAGUAAAGACAAGGGAUUUCUACUAGUAGUGGAGGGUGGCAUGAUUGAUCAAGCGCAUCACCGCGGUACAGCCAGACGUGCGCUUUCUGAGGCGUUGGCCUUGAAUGAAGCCGUCGACGCAGCGGUGCAAGAGAUGAGUGAUCAGCUGGACGAAACUUUGAUUAUCGUAACCGCUGAUCAUUCUCACAGCUUAACCAUAAAUGGGCAUGCAGAAAGAGGAGCUGACAUACUAGGCGUGGCCUCUACCUCCAAGACGGAAGGCACACCAUAUACAACACUCACCUAUGGCACCAGCUAUAAAGGUUUCCAAGUCGAUGCUAAUGGUAAACGCGUUGAUCCUACCACGCAGGACACCACCGCUUGGGCAUAUACACAACAGGCGGCUAUAAAUACCGAUGAAAAUUUGCACGGAGGCUCCGACGUUACAAUACAUGCUAAAGGCGCCAUGGCCUACUUGUUUCACGGCGUACACGAACAAAGCUAUGUGGCGCAUGUGAUUUCGUACGCGCUUCGCAUCGGCCGUUUUCGUGAUAGCACUAUUACGGAAUCGUUGGCAGAACUAAUGCCGUUAUAGUAUAGAAUCAAAUUGGCAUAAUUAUUGGGUGGUGCUAUGCGCUUACAAAUUUAUAUCGGCAUAGAAAUAAAUCACGGCAUAUGCACUAAUUCUUUUUAAAAUUUCAUUAAUCGGUAGUUGAAAGUUUUAUGCGGAAAUAGAAAAUUAAUUACGUUUAAGUGUGUGAGUUGAUUGUUGUAGAUAAGAAAAUUUAUAAACUAGAUUAAUCGAUUAUUUAUUACUUGUGAUAUUGUAUGCCAUUGUUAUUUUAAGUUAAAACAGUAAUACAAUUGACGAAAAUAUUAGAAAGGCAAAAAUGUAAAAAAAAAAUGAAAAUAUGUUAUUUUC